UCAUCAUCAUUUUCGCUCUAAUCAAACAUUUUUUCUCCUCUAAAUUAUCAGCAAUGUACAUGUAUUAAAGAGAUUAAUUAGUACUAGAGUUCUUUAUUAUGCCGUCUAAACGAAUAUUACCAAACGUGUGGGUAUUUGUGCGGGUAGGGGAUUGGGGAGUAUAAAAAAACACAAACCCUUUUACUCAUUCCUAUCCAUCUUUAAUUUGAUCAUUGAUUCCCUUCUCUCAAAUAUUAUUUACUGUGUAGUCAUGGCUUCUUAUCCAACAACAGCAAGAGAAGGAAAUUAUAGAGGAGUAAGAAAGAGACCAUGGGGAAGAUAUGCAGCUGAGAUUAGAGAUCCAUGGAAGAAAACUAGAGUUUGGUUAGGUACUUUUGAUACACCUGAAGAAGCUGCUAUGGCUUAUGAUGGUGCUGCUAGAUCUUUGAGAGGUUCAAAAGCCAAAACCAACUUUCCACCACCAGGACUACUGUUCCCUACGGCUGAUCAUAUUCCAACUGGUAUUCCUAUUGGUUCUACAACUAAUCUCCCCGUCAACCUACAUAACUUUCCUCCAGCUUCUGAUCACCGCUACCAUUACAAAUGGGACGGCACUCCCCAUGCCACUUCAGGUAGAACUGAUAUUCCUUCGCCUAGUGCUGGUGGAUUGGUUAUUGGAGAGUUUCUACAAACUCGUAUUCUGAAGAGAAGUACGGAAGAAUCGGAAUCCGCACCACCACCAUUAUCAUCAGAAAGAAAAUCAACUCACCAUAGUGAUGGACGGUGUCAUCUUUCAGCUUCUGAGUCUGGUGUUGUGGUUGACUCGGUUCUGACUCAUCAGCCGACUCAACAAGCGACAUUAUUAGGAUUCGCCAGACGCGGUUUAUCAAUCGAUUUGAAUGAACCACCACCGGCAGCACCUACUAGUAAUAGUAACAAUACUCAGACUUUAUAGUCGAGCUAGAAAAAAAAACAUGACGAAUCCAUGAAAAUAUUCCAAGUUAUCUAACUCUCCAAAUCUCUGACUCAGGUCUCUCUAGUCUCUAUAUAGUAUGUUUAUGUUUAGUGUUUUAUCUUAGUUGUAUUCUUGGUCUUUUAGUACCAAGUACUUCUGUGUAAGUGUAUUUAGUAUAGACUUUUGUAACUUUCAGUACUUAAUGAUGAGAGCGAAUCAGUGUAAUCGUUAUUGCUGUUAAAAGAUCUCAAGAAUCUUUCUUUUCUCUUUCUCGAUGAAGAUGAUUCUUUUUGAAAGUUAAUUACAUGAGAUCUGGACUC